AUGGGUCACCCCGAGUCUAAACCCGGCACGCCCACCGCAGAAGACACAGAAGAGGUCAAUAACAAUGAAGGCGGCCUGUCCAUCCUGAUCGAUAGGGACGAUCCACUGGCGGAAGGGGUGACUGUGUCGAGCCAGGAUGCAGGAGUAUCACAGCGGUAG